AUGGCCUUGUUGGUAAAACCCAAAAACUACAUUUGCUUCGAGCGACCUUUGACGCGACCUGAUGUACAGCAGCAUUUCGUGAUCAAGAACCCAGACGAUCGGCAUCCAGUAGCGUUCAAGAUCUUGACUAAUGCCAACACUCGUUAUAACGUGCGUCCUCCUUUUGGUCUAGUUGACAAACAAUCAGAAGUGCGUGUAAAAGUGACGAUGGUUCCUUAUGACGAAGAACCGCUUGAUCACUGCACCGAUGCAUUUCUAGUGAGAUCCGCCAAGGUCAGCGAGGAUCAAUUGGAUAUCCCAUUUCGAGAAAUGUGGGUAGCCGCUUCACGUGAAGGCCUCCAUGAACAUCAACUCAAAUGCGUUUACCUUGCGAAUGGCGUCAGUCCAGAGAAUGCGAGUGAGUUUGAAAACAAUGAAGAAGAGCUAUCUGAACACAAUGAAGAAGAGAUGUCUAUAUCAGAAAAUGACGAGGACUUCCCAUUACCAACGACGACAGAGAUACCAAGAGCACAUCAUGACGAGGAGAUACCAGUAUUGCAUAACAAGUUGAGUGAAUUGAGUCAAACAAUGCUGGCUCAUCAACAAGAAAUGAUCAACAUGCGGUUACAAUUAUUAUACACACGCCAACAAAAAGAUUUUCGACGAGCCAUUCGUGCGUUAGCAGUGGUGGUAUUAUGCAUAUUGAUAGGUUAUGGAUCACGUGGGUUGUUAUAA